AUGAAUGCGCCACAGGACGAACAUGGAGGACAAACUGGAGUAGUUAGAAACGUGGAGAGUAUCCUGGCCUUGAAUCCUCGGGUCAAGACUCACGCUGUGCUCCUCUCUACCGCGACCAAGAAAAUGGAGAAAAAACACUGGUAAAGAAACGCAGAGAAAGGCUGUGAGAGCUGCGUGAAGCUAGAGAACAAUUUCGAUGACAUUCUGAGUGAGCGUGGAGCACUUCGGGAAGCGGUGAGAUGUUUGAAAUGUGCAGAUGCACCAUGUCAGAAAAGCUGCCCGACCAAUCUGAACAUAAAGGCAUUAGCAGUAUUGAAAGCAAGGUAUAAUAAUUAUGGAGCCUCUCAGACCAUUCUCUCAGACAUCCCACUGGGUUUGACGUGUGGGAUAGUGUGUCCCACCUCAGACUUGUGGGUCCGGGGGUGUACCGAGGAAGGUCCCAUCAACAUCGGGGGACUGCAGCAGUUUGCCACAGAGGUGUUCAAACAAAUGGGAGUUCCUCAGACACUGAACCCCGAUCUCCUGUCUCCACAUCAGAUUCCUGAGAGCUAUCACUCUAAAAUAGCUCUGACUGGCUGCGGCCCAGCCAGCAUCAGCUGCGCUUCUUUCCUGGCCCGCUUGGGGUACGACGACAUCACAAUUUUCGAGAAGCAGAGGUUCAUUGGAGGACUGAGCUCUUCCGAGAUCCCACAAUUCCACUUGCCGUACGAAGUGGUUCAGUUCAAGGUGGAUUUGAUGAAAGACCUGGGAGUGAUGAUUGUCUGUGACCGAGGACUUGGCCAAGAUGGAAUGACGCUUCUCUCGCUGAAGGAGGAGGGAUACAAAGGUCUACCUCAAGCUAACAGGCACAAGCUCUUUGAUGGCCUCUCAACAGAACAGGGUUUUUACACGUCAAAGGACUUUCUUCCUCUCGUCACGAAAGCCAGUAAACCAGGAAAUAUGAAUUACUUGCCCACUCAAGUGUCUCAUCAGAUUGGUCUGGCCACGGCCAUCGAGGGCUGUUCUCUCUCUCUCUUUCUCUCUGCUGUGAUAGAGGCCAUGGCUCCCAUCAGGUUAAACAGAUGGGGGCUUCCUGAGCUGGACCCAGAGAGCAUGCAGACUAGGGUCCUUCUGACAUUUCAGAGAUUUGUCAAAGAGCUUCAACAUGAAAAGCCAAUGGUGCAUUUGUUGCAUGUGGAAAUGGUGGCCCUUGUUAGAGAGCUCCUGAGCAAAUUUAUGAGACCAAAGGCUAUUCCACUGAGUCACAAGGAGAUUCUCAAGGUUGAUGUACGGAGCAGGGAUUUGCAACUGUCAAACCAGAGGCUCUCUGUUGGACAAUUCUGCUACAAUGCAAUGAACAAAGCUCGUGUGGAGAGGAAGGUAUGGGUUGGACAUAUCUAUGACUCUCUCAGAGAAGGGUAUAUGAGGUCAGCAGAGUUUCUGCUAAAAAACCUUCCCCUGGAUAACAUCAUAUUAACAUCACUCUCUGCUCUGACGCCAUCUCUAAUUCAAUCCGAUGCAGUUGUUGGAGCAUUCACUACAUUAGGAGAGGCCUUGCCAAAUGUUGUCCCUCCAGAAGAGAUCGGUCAACUGGUUGAAGAAUGCCGGGCCUACCAGAUGGAUGCGGACAUGCUUCUUCGUGUACCAAACUACAUCGAAGGGGACUGUCGAGUUGAUGUAGACUGGUGGAGCCAUGUUGCUUCUUUGAAAAAUGCAGAGAGAGGUGUGAAGUAUCCCACCCUGUGCAAACUUGUUAAAGCGCUUCUGUCCAUUUUUACAGGCCCCUUGGUGGAAGGAUCAUUCAAUUUAAUGGAUGAUAUCCUAGAGUCUGACAGGUGCUCCAUGAAUGUGGAAACAUACGAGAGCCUCGCAGUGAUCAAGUCCACACUUAAGGCAAGGAACUGGACAGCCUCAACUAUGAACAUUGACCAGCCUUUAAGGCGAUCCUGCCUUUCCUCAUUCCAAAACUACCAAUUACAUUUAAAGAAAAAGAAAGAGACUGCACAGGCACUAAAGAAGAAAAGGCUUAGUGAGGCAGCAAGGAUUCUGUCCUCAAAGGAGGCAAACAAAUUGUCUCAACAGGCCCGAAAAACCAAAAGGCCAGCAAUAUCCUCCUCUGCACAAACCUCCACCUCCUCUGCACAAGCCUCUACCACCUCUGCUCAACAGGCCCUCCUGAAAAAGAGAAGACUACCCCAACCCUCCUCUGCGCAAGCCUCCACUUCCUCUGCACAAGCCUCCAUUUCCUCUGCUCAACAGUCCCUCCUGAAAAUGAGAAGACCACCCCAACCCUCCUCUGCACAAGCCUCCACUUCCUCUGCACAAGCCUCCACCACCUCUGCUCAACAGGCCAUCCUGAAAAAAAGACCACCCAAACCCUCCUCUGCACAAGCCUCCAUUUCCUCUGCUCAACAGUCCCUCCUGAAAAUGAGAAGACCACCCCAACCCCUCCUCUGCACAAGCCUCCACUUCCUCUGCACAAGCCUCCAUUUCCUCUGCUCAACAUCCCUCCUGAAAAUGAGAAGACCACCACAACCCUCCUCUACACAAGCCUCCACCACCUCUGCUCAACAGGCCCUGGAAAAAAGAAUACCACCCCAAUCCUCCUCUGUACAAGCCUCCAGUUCCUCUGCACAAGCCUCCACCACCUCUGCUCAAAAGCCCUGGAAAAAAGCAUACCACCCCAAUCCUCCUCUGUACAAGCCUCCAGUUCCUCUGCACAAGCCUCCACCACCUCUGCUCAAAAGGCCCUUGAAAAAAGAAGACCACCCCAAUCCUCCUCUGCACAAAAAAAACAUUAAAGUCAUACAGCUUGGGAGCGACACGAAGUUCAUCUUUGGGCAGAUGGUGAGGGGCCCGCCCCAGCUCCCCCUCUUCUACUCACCCAAAGACACCGUGGACAUCAGUGUGAAGAUGUGCUGCAUUACGUUCCCCAGUCUGUUUGGGCUGGCCAGUGCUCCACCCACCACCAGCACUGCCAUGAUCCACAGGGCCUUCGAGCACUCACCAAAACCUUCUCCUUGGACAAGGAUUUGGGGAUCUCUGUGUAUUGUGCGUGGAACCACUUCCGGACCGCUGUUUGGUCUCGGGCAGGGCUCCUUCCUGAACAUUGAGCUGAUCAGCGAGAAGACGGCUGCCUAUUGGUGCCAGAGUGUGACGGAACUCAAAGCUGACUUUCCUGACCAUAUUGUCAUAUCCAGCAUAAUGUGCAGCUACAACAAAGCUGAUUGGACCGAGCUUGCCAAAAUGGCAGAGGAGUCUGGCACUGAUGCCCUGGAGCUGAAUCUAUCAUGUCCUCAUUGAAUGGGGGAGAGGGGAAUGGGGCUCGCCUAUGGGCAGGAUCCAGAGCUGGUGCGGAACAUCUGUCGGUGGGUUCGGCCGGCUGUUCAGAUCCCAUUCUUUGCCAAACUUACCCCUAAUGUGACCAAGAUCAUGGACAUUGCCAAGGCUGCACAGGAAGGUGGAGCAGAUGGCAUCACAGCCACCAACACGGUUUCGGGGCUGAUGGGACUCAAGGCAGACGGCUCUCCCUGGCCUGGCAUCGGGCCGAGGAAGCGCACCACAUAUGGUGGAGUGUCUGGUAAUGCCAUCCGGCCAAACGAAUCACGAGCAGUAUACGCCUUAGAGAAAGCUUUUCUCGGUAUUCCAAUUCUGGCCACUGGGGGCAUCGAUUCUGCAGAAUCUGGAUUGCAGUUCCUUCAUGCAGGAGCCACAGUGUUACAGAUCCUUUGCCAUGUUUUAUCCUCCAGGAUAAAACCUGCUCAACCGGGCCUGGCUUGGUUUCGUUCUCCACUCGCCUGUCGAAUUCGGGUCAUUCCCGGGUCAAUGGAGAACGAAGCACCUUUUGGAAAAGCAGAAAGUGUGCAGUGCAGUGCAGACUUCAUGGUGAUCGAAGACUACUGCACCGGUCUGAAAGCCCUGCUCUACCUUAGAAGCCUUGAGGAGCUCCAGCGUGUGUACUUCUCUGAUGGUCUAAUGAGGGACGCAGCGCUCAUGCUUUGGCACACAUGGCAUCUGAAGCCCAGUGAAUCAGUAAUCACUAGUAAGCGUAAAUACCCGUCUCCUUGGAACAUGAGUUUAAGAUGUGAUCUGCAACACAUCGGCGCCUAUCAAGAGCUCAACAUUGAGGAGCAAGUGCAAGCUCUGAUCGAUCCGGAGAUGUGCGUUAACUGCAGGAAGUGUUACAUGACCUGUAACGACGCUGGAUACCAGGCCAUUGUGUUUGACCCCGAGACUCAUCUCCCCAUGAUUCAGGACAGCUCCACUGGCUGUACUCUGUGCCUCAGCGUCUGCCCCAUCACCGACUGCAUCAAGAUGGUUGCCAGGACAACGCCUUACGUGCCAAAGUGAGGCCUCCCUCAAGCCGUGGAGCCCGUGUGCUGAGAGAAAACCCCAGACAAAAAAAAACAAAACAAAAAAAAAGUCUACAUCACAGCAUUGAAUUUACUCGGUAAUUGCAGUGUGAAGAAUUAACUUUGUUGUGUGGGGGGGGAGCAAAUAAUUAGAUUUAAAAAAAUAAUAAUUGCCUUAUUUUCAGGAGCCAAUUAUCCAGAAAUAAUCUUAGGGGGUGUUAUUUUGAAACAAUAGCGAGGCGAUUUGUCGAGGUGAAGUUCCUGCCUCUCAUUCUCUGAGGGCUGAUGGAAAUGAAUCUGGCUGUUUAUGCAGAUGUGGGAAGACCACACGUAUCCUUUAACAAGAGCCACAAUGAUGGAUCGUCCACUACAUCCAGAACAGAAUGCAAUCACAUAUACAAGAGCUGCUGAUGGGAAAUGAGGAAAUGAAUGGAUUUUAAUUGAAUGGUGGAUGGUUGGGCUCGGAAUCACACUCGAUGUUGUUUUCCAUAACGUAUGAUGAUUAGAAAAGGUUUGUUUGAUGUUAUACAUGCUAUAUUCUAUGCAAAAAGCCAGUAUACUUCUACAACUAAACCUGAAGUAGUAGUUACCUAAUUGACAUGAAUUGAAUUUAUUUCCCUCAAAGCCUUAAUAACAAAUAUGGUUGAUUUUGAUUGGAUUAGCCAUCUGGACAGGGUCAUUUAGAGAGCCGGUCUACCUCAGUAAUAUGCUGAACAUUUCGAGUAAAGGUCAUCUAUGACUAUUUCCAGACAUUAGAGAUGAAGACUAGCUGUUAUUCAUCUUGGACCCAAAAGGUCAAGUCUGACCACCUCUAUGUCUACAAAUACACGGCCCAUCCGUACCGCACAUACAAGCCCUAGCUUGGUCUCUAUGAAGCAGACGAUCAAACACAGUGAUGGGCGUGCAGGAUAACUGUGCAAAUGUCCUUAAAAAUGAUGAAUGAAUCUCAUGAAGAAAUGUCUUGGUCAUAUCUCAGCCCAAAAACAUACAAAAUCGUAGCCCAUUACAUUAGAAAAUUAUUAUUAUUAUUAAAAAUUAUCAUUACUAUAAUGAGAAAAAUGUUUUACUUUAAAACAAGAACUCAAUAAUUGGCCUCUUGUGUGUAUACAUUAUUCAUUUUGUAUUAAAGUUAUGAGUAUUGUGGGGGAAAUGUGCUUAACUGACAAAAAUAAACAAAUAAAUAAAUUCAGAAUUACAAAUAUUUCAGGUUAUACUUUAGAUUACUCAGGCCAUAAUUUACCUUAAAUAUAUAUUAUAGUUUAUUAAAAGUAGCAUUAAUCAAGUAAACAUGCCAUUAAAUGGUAUAACAAAAAAUACCACCAAUAUUUACAAAUAAUAUUAUAUAUAAAAUAACAUUUUCAUAUUAAUGAGAAUUAUGGGAGAAAAAUAUGCUUAAUUGUCAAAAAAUAUUUCAGGCCAUACUUUACCCCACUAAAUAAAAUAUAUAAAAUAAGUAUAUACAUUAUAUAAAAAUUUUGUUACUUUUUAUGUAUAUUAAAGUUCUGAGAAUUAUGGGGAACAUAUGCAUAAUUGACAAUAAUAAUA